AUGUCUCUCCCACGCCGUCUUCUCAACCCUUCCAGCAGGCCGCGUAUAAGACCCUAUUAUAUCUCCUUAUCUUCGCGCCGCCUCUUCAACGCGGAAGCCGUCUCACACCCUGCCAAUCGAGUCCAAGUAUACAUAUCGCGGGCGACAGAUCCCUAUCUCAACCUCUCUAUCGAGCACUUCUUACUGCAGAAGUCACCUCCGGAGUCCGUCGUCUUAUUCCUAUACGCAAACCGUCCCUGUAUCGUCGUCGGCCGCAACCAGAACCCGUGGGUCGAGGUUAACUUGGGACUUCUCGGUCCGGGGAGAAGCAAUGUCGUUGACGAGAACGGCAAUAAUGAAGGUUCGGUGCUCCUCGUGCGCCGGCGCUCCGGCGGCGGCACCGUCUUUCACGACUCGGGCAACGUGAACUACAGCGUGAUCUGCCCGCCCGCCUCCUUCGAUCGGAACAAGCAUGCCGACAUGGUUGUGCAAGCGCUGCGCUCUCUCGGCGUGUCCGGAUCUCGCGUCAACGAGCGGCAUGAUAUAGUGCUAGACAUCCCCGGACCGAAACAGACGCAAACGUUCAAGAUCUCGGGCUCGGCUUACAAGCUGACGCGCCUGCGCUCUCUUCACCACGGCACGUGCCUCCUACAGUCGCCAAAUCUACCGCUCGUAGGGCCGCUCCUACGUUCCCCUGCGGCCCCCUUAAUUAAAGCACGAGGCGUUGAAAGUGUACGCAGCCCAAUCCGCAACGUAGGGAUACAAGAUACGGCCGCGUUUGAGGAGGCCGUUGUCGCUGAGUUCGGCGCUAUGUACGGGGAUGUUGACCCCGAGAUGAUUUCGGUAUCAGACGCCGAGGAGGCUUUGGAUAACGUUCCGGCUAUCGCAAAAGGAUACGCUGAGCUUAAGUCUCUAGAUUGGAUAUACGCGCAAACACCACAAUUCACCUUCUCCACACACCCGACCGACGAUGACCCUCGUCCCAGGCCGCCGUUACCAGACGACCUGCCCCCAGAUUUCCGCGCAGCCAUGACAGUACGCCACGGACAGAUCAUCGAGGUCUCCGGACAAGACCUACCAGCGUCCCUAGAAUCCGCGUACCUCCACCGAAUCACCGAUUGGCGGUCUAAAGUCGACAGCGAGCCGGUUGGAAGAUGGCUUAAUAACUUAUUCGGGAUUAUAGACAAAAGCUGA